ACAACACUCGCACUCGAUGGAGGAUUUCCACGCCCUCGAGGCCAACAUCAAAUCUGCACUUACAUCGGCCACACGAAGCGCUGUCUCUCUCGCCAACGAAGACAUCCAGUUCCACCGAUCUCUUGACUCUUCCGUCGGACCUGCGCUCGAUCAGCAAAAUGGCCGAUUGCUGAGCCUUGCAGAGCGAUUGAUUGGCGCUGCGACGGCGAAUACGGAGAUUGUGCGGCCGCCUCGAUUGGUGGACUUGGAGUCUGUGGAAGGCAACUGGAAGGCGGUGGUGGAUGUGGUCGACAGUCUGCUCGAACGUGCCGACACUGCGCUGGACGAGUUCACUGGAGCCGUCAAGAGACUGAGCCCUGGAGUGGAACAGACGAAGUCGAAUAAGGCGGGACGCUCAGCGCCACAGCGUGAUCAACGCAUUGCUAAGCCGCAGUUGCUCUUCGACCAUGUGCCGACCAACAACGAUGUGCCACCCUUCAAGCCGCUGCUCGAGACCAAGCCUCAUGCUACGACGCCUCUGGAAACUGCGCCUACGCUGGCACCAGGCGCGACCCACCCUGCUUAUGCGCAACCCUAUCAACACGAGAUCGAGAACUACCAAUACCCACCGUCGAUAUACCAGUGGAGCCAGCCUGUCAUGUACCAUCCAUUUGAUCAGACGACAGCAACAUUGGUGGACACAGAAGAGGCAUUGUCGGAAAUGCUGGAAGAGCUGAAGCAGGCCAAGGAGAUUGCUAUCGACUUAGAACACCAUGAUAGCAGAUCAUAUAUUGGGAUAGUCUCGUUGAUGCAAAUCAGUACGCGAGACAAGGACUGGAUAGUGGACACCUUGAAACCCUGGAGGCGAAAAUUGCAGUGUCUGAACGAAGUGUUUGCAGAUCCCGGCAUCAUCAAAGUUCUGCAUGGAGCUUUCAUGGAUAUCAUGUGGCUGCAGCGAGAUCUGGGGUUGUACAUUGUUGGGCUCUUUGAUACCUUUCACGCCGCGAGUGUGCUAGGAUAUACAGGCAGGAGUCUGGCUUUCCUAUUGAAGAAGUUCGCCAACGUCGACGCUCAAAAGCAGUAUCAGACUGCUGACUGGCGAGUGCGGCCCUUACCCACAGAGCUCUUCGACUAUGCCAGGAGCGACACGCACUUCUUGCUGUACAUCUUCGAUAAUAUGCGCAACGAGCUUAUCCACCGAUCGAAUCUUGAACUUCCCAAUCACGAAGGGGAUAAGAUCUACGAUGUCCUACAGCGUAGCUCAGAAGAAGCACUGCAACGAUACGAGUAUCCCGUCUAUGACGCCGAGCUUGGUCAAGGCGCCGGGUGGUAUAGGCUGCUGUCGCGAACGUCUGCCAUGCUAACUAAGGAACAAUUCUCUGUGUUCCGAGCUGUACAUCAGUGGCGCGACGAAGUGGCGAGAGAACAAGACGACAGCGUGAAUUAUAUCAUGCCCAAUCAUCAGAUCUUCAGUAUCGCUCGAGCCAUGCCGCCCAGCAGAUUAGCGCUUUUAGGCGUUGCAACUCCAGCAUCACAGACCGUGCGACUUCGAGCAGACGAAUUACUCAGCCGCAUCGUCAAAGCCAAGGAAGCUGGCAAGAAUGGGCCGGACAUGAUGGAGCUGCUGAGUAUGGUUGAACCGCAAAAACCGCAAAGAACACCGAAAGAGUCGGCUCCAACUUCGUCGUCCCAGGUCCAGCAUCUCGUCGAGACCAAGUCAAAGAUUGACGUACCCGCUAUUACCUCCGAUGUGCCGAUUCGCACCACUACCUCGUCUUUCUGGGGACCGGCGUUCGAGAGUAGUGCCUGGAAGCACAAGCAAGCCGCUGCUUCUGUGCCAGGUAUCUCACUCGCUGUGCCUUUGCCUCCACUAACUGCCGAGAUCUUUGCUGACCCGUCAGAGAUGGAGCCGCCCAAAUCAGAGGAGGAACCCGAAGUAGAAGCUGUGUCGCCGCAGCGAGAGAACGACGAAGAUGUUUUCGUGCUGAAAACUUUGGGCAAGAAGCGCAAGCGUCACACUGAACCCGUGGAUGUGAUGGCGGCCAACUCAGACGAGAUUGCUUUACCAGAUGAGAGCGCCACUCGAGCGCAAGAGAAGGCCGAGAGAAAGGCUGCGAAGCGCGCAGCCAAACAAGCAGCCAAAGCGGCUAGCGGGAACGAGACUGCGGCAGUACGAGACGAAAUGCAGAAUGGAGACGACGAAGUUGCGUUCGAUUAUGCGAGUGCGCCCAGCAUACUGAAUCCACCAAGAGAACGUAUGAGCGCCAAGGAAAGAAAGAAGAGAGAGAAACAGGUGAAUCCGUACGCGAAGAGCAUGGAUGCGCCAAAGGGGUUGGCCCGCUCGCAGAAAGAAAAGACGGGAAAGAGUAUGACUUAUAAAGGCUGAUGUAGCCUCCUUGUAGACCGUUCGCCCUGGACGAUUAGCUUGCAGCAGCCCAAGUGAGAUGUGUAUAUCAUCGCUGCAGUAGACUUCACUUCAUGUGCCGAGCAAAGGGCUAGACCCCGAGCUAUGCAUUACUGCCGC